AUGAAAAAAAAAAAAAAAGUUUUUAAUAUAUCAACUGACAAAUAACUACAAGCAUUGUUGGGUUUUUGUUGUGCUUUUUGUUUGUUAUCACAAAGCUUAGAAAAGUGUGUUUCCGUCUUCUGUACCAAAGUGCAAAGCAAUGCUCUUUACCUUGUACUGGAUUAUCCACGUCAGUGCAGUGGGCAGGAGGUGAAUUCUCACACACCUCAGGAAGGACAGCAGGGCACUGUGAGCUCAAAAACUCCAUCAGCCCAAGUGCUAGGGUGUGCCUGACGCUCAUGGAGUCUGACUUUGGAUCCUAAGCAGUAGGUCACCGUUCUUUCCCACCAAAGACUCUUAUUAUCACAGAAAUCCGUCUAGGGAAGAUGCUGAACCCUCAUCUCCCAUUUUUCCUUUGGUAGUGACUUAAGAAACAAAAUCUUCAGGGCUUCUGCCCAGCUCUUAGAGAUCAACUCCUUGUUCUAAUUAUGUGACAGAACCUUAGAAGACGUGACUGAAGAGGUAUCUAUCAGGUGGUGCAGGAGCUUGCAAGGUUAUUGAUGGGCUAUGUCUGUGCACAAAUAAGGACAAUCCUGAUUUCACCUCCAUAUCAUAGCUAGGACUCCAGUAAAUAUUCGCUGCAGGGAGUGGCCAUAUGGACAUGUAGCACCCUGUAGGUUCAAGCCUAAAAGAGACUGAGGUUUAAGCCCAAAAGAGUGUGUAUAAUUGCUGAGAUUUGAGGUGCAAAGGAGAGAGAUUCUGAGCUCCUUGCACGCUGCUCCAUGGGGUAGGGAGAACAAAGAAACGUAAGCUCUGGCAGUUCUGCGUAUCCCUGACUACACAGCCAUUCCAAGCCUAUUCUGAGCCUAAAUUAGAAUUGAGAGUUCACCUGGUGCCCAAAGACAGGCUGCAGCUGUGCUGCUGUGCUGGGAUAGGAAAAGAUUUUUGAGGAAGCUGUGCUUUUUCAGCACCUGUAAGAUGUCACUGUCCCUGAGCAGCUCCCAGUCAUGUGGCUGCUAUGGGGCGUGUGACACAACAUGCACCAACGCUGCCAGCACGUUACGACUAUUUUUGAAAGUUCUGCACUGCGGACCAGCUCUCAGCUUUGGCAACCUGACUCUGAAGGAUUUAAAGGUUGAUAUUUCUACUCGUGCUAAUGGCCUGCUUGGGUUAUUAUCACCUGUCACAAACUCUGGCAACAGUUGUUCAUAUGAAGCUUUGGCCAUUACAGCAAGUGACAUUUCUGAAUUACGAAAUGCUGGGUUGCAGCACCCAAACUGAGGCAGCGUAAAUCUGUAUUUCCAUUAGCAGUGUGAGGACUGGGGGCUCUAUUUCAGGUGACUCGCGCUUGAGCCAACUCCACAACAGUGCUGUGGAGUAGGGGGAACAGCAGUUGGAUCCGUCUGUCUGCAGUGCCUCUGUGUUUGUACCUUUUGCUGUCAUAGAAACAUGCUGGGGAGCAGCCUUUCCCCUCCCUCGUGGCCUCUCUGUAGGGGAUCAUGGGACUCUUGGUGACAAAUCCCUGCUUUGGCCCCAUGCUGCAGACAGAUGUAGCUUCUAAUCUGCACACUCCACUUAGCACCAGCCUGAGAUGUGAAUCUUCUGCUGCCAGUGAAAGCCCUAAGUUAGGGUACAGUGUGCCUUCUGCCCAGCCCAGUGUCACAGCCACUGGAGGGGACCCUGCAGUCUUCACCGAGCCAUUGGAAGCCUGCCCAAGGCACAGGGAAACCUGAGAUUUCCACCUGAGAGCCAGGAGCCCUGCCCAGCCUGCCAGCUUUCCUCUUGUGAACUUCUAAAAUAAUCCUUACUUCUCUGAAGUGCCAAAAACAUUCCUAUGUUCCUAACAGCUCAGUUCCAGGUUUGGACAAAGCGGGUGGAAAGGAACAGGGUGAGGGAGAACAGAGCUAGAAGAACAAAUGGGAGCUGUGCACAUCAGUGUGUGCAGCUGUUGUGCAGCUGUCUCUCUUUAUGGAGUAAAAUGCUGGAGAUUGCACUGCACAUAGUGCACAGCCUGGUUCUCCACUGCUUCUGUCCUCUCACCAGGACCUGCUGGGACACUGCCAUGGAAGAGCAGGUGCAGGAGGAUGUGCCAGAAGUGCAGCACCCAGGAGGCCACCACCCAGUGCAGGAAGGAGAGGUGUUCAACGCGCGAUACCAGGCGGUGCGCGAGCUGGGCUGCGGGGCCUUUGCUACUGUCUGGCUGUGCCAGGACAUGAGGAAGAAGAAGAAUGUAGCUGUGAAGGUCCUGAAGAGCAGAGAAGGCUUUGCUGAGGCUGCCCAGGAUGAGCUCUCUCUCCUCAAAUGUGUAAGCAGUAUGAAGAAGAAGGAUCGGGCAGGAGAAAACGUCAUCUGUUUAUUAGAUGACUUCAGAAUGAUUGGAGAGAACGGCUUCCAUACGUGCUUGGUGUUUGAGGCGCUGGGUCCUUCUCUGCAAUUUCUGAUGGGUAACUAUGCAGCCCAGGGAUUGCCUUUGCCUUUUGUGAAAAAAUCUUUACAGCAGGUGCUAGCAGGCCUGCACUUCCUGCAUGGGCGCUGCCGGAUUAUCCACGCAGACAUCAAACCAGAGAACGUGCUGCUGUACAUUCACGACAAAAACCUCCAGAGGUUUCUGCUUGAUGCUGCUGACUGUGGCCAGAGAACAGAUUUGAGGCUAAAGGCACCAGGAGGUGACCCUGGCAAUCAACUGGAAGAUUCUGAUUUAAUGAGCAUAGAAGUGAAAAUUGCUGAUCUGGGCAGUGCGUGCUGGACAUAUAAGCCUUUUUCUAAGGAGAUACAGACCCAGCCAUACCGCGCCCUAGAAGUGCUGCUUGGAUUGGACUAUGGCACUCCUGCAGACAUCUGGAGCACAGGCUGCCUGGCAUUUGAAAUGGCAACGGGGGAGCGUCUGUUUAAUCCUCAACCUGGGAAAUAUUUCUCCAGAGAUGAUGAUCAUGUUGCUCGCAUUAUUGAACUCCUGGGAAGAAUCCCUCCCCAGAUUGCUUUCUCCUGGAACAAGUCAACAAAGUUUUUCAGAAGGCCAGGUGCUCUUCUGCGGAUCUCCAGGCUCAUUCCCCGCAGCCUCCACGCCAUCCUGGCGGACAGACUUAAGUGGAGAAAACACGAGGUGCCUCCAUUCACCAGUUUCCUGAUGUCGGCGCUGCGCUACGCCCCCGAGAAGCGCGCCACGGCCGCGCAGUGCCUGCAGCACGCGUGGCUCAGCACCCCGUGACCGGGCACGCGCAUCCCCGCGGGCGGAGCCCCGCAGCGGCUCGCUACGACCGGUCGGCGCCGGUCCGGUCCCGCUCUCGGGGCCGCCUCCCCACCGUCAGCGCUUUUCGCGGCCGCUCCGGCGGCCGCGGGAGUUGAGCACAAGAUGGCGGCGCUGCGGGUUCACCCCCUGCGGCCAUUUCCCGCCCGGGGGCGGCGGCGGGGGGACCGGCGCGACGAAAAGGGCCGGGCGGACCGCCGGCGGCUUGCACUCAGUUCGGUUCCGCAGGAGCUGGGCGCGGUGCCUCGCGAGGCUGCGCGGCCGUCAUCCGCCGCGGCGGGCAUUAAACAGAACGGACGAUCGGUCACGAGAUCCCUGCUUCUUUUCCCCCCUCACGUCGUUUCACAGGCCGCGCCGCUCCCAGGCAGACCGGCCGACCGAGGCCCCCCCGGCACUCGAGGUCCCGCCUCGGGCCCGCAGAACGGCUCCCCACCCCGCCCUCCC